GCUCAUCUAAGCCGCACAUCUGCAAACGAACCCGCGGUACUUCCAGUGACGCUUUUCUCAGACUUUCGAUCGUGUCGGUGGUAGCUUUUCUCGCUUUGCUUUGGAUUCAGGUUUUUCCUUGGGAUUUCCUUUCGAAUCGCGGAACCCCCUUGCAGCUUUAUUAUUUGGCGGCAACAUACCGGGGUCUACAGCGUCGUGAACGGGGCAGUACAGCGCGGCGGCGUGAUCUCUCGUUAUUGUUGUUAUUCUCAAAGUCGCGGUCUCUUCUUGGAGCAUAGGCAGAGUCAGAGUGAUCUUGGCAAUUCUUGAUCAUUCGUUCGCUGGAUGUCCUACGGUUCAGUUCGGACUUUUUGUGUCGUGGUCUCCGGGUGCUUCUAGAACUUAGCAACCAGAAAUCGGCGGGGUCAACUGUCGGUGGAUUGUUCUCCGGCCACGCGUGACUAACCUGGCAUCGGAGUGCUCAGCGCACGGGAGCCCUCAAGGAGAAAUAACUGCUCGAGCGCGAGUGUCGCCGAACCGCCGUAUUCGCGAAACCAGUGCUAAAUCGAUUCAAGUGCCCCACAAGCGAAGAAUCUGUGAUCGAGUGCAACAGUUUGAACCAUCAAUUUCUGCGGUCAGUGCAAUUCGGUCGUUACGAUUUUUUUCUGCCAGUGCUCUUAUUGUGCAACCUUUGCAAAGUGGAAGACCGACAUUCAAGUUAGAUUUUACGGUGAAGAGGUUUCUCAUCAUUAAACCGACUGCUCGAGGCGUAACCCAAGGAAAUAAACGAGAAACCACUGGGAAACACAGCAAUAGGAUUACAUAAUACAUGAGCAUCCUCUUGUGAAAGACUAAUUUCAUGCUGUGCAUUACUAUCCAGAAUUAAAACUAGCUGAAGACUGAACGUACACUACCCGCAGGAUGACGUCCUGCGCUUGCCCAAUGAGUCCGCCAGUCGGGGCCACUCUGGCAGCUCUAUGCGGUGGGUCCCAGUACAUGCUGUUCAUGGGCCUACUGGAGGUGUUCAUACGGUCACAGUGCGACCUUGAAGACCCCUGCGGGCGGAUGAAGUCCAAAACCUCUCGCACUACAGAUUACGAGUAUGAUUUCAUCGUGGUGGGUGGCGGUUCCGGUGGAUCAGUAAUGGCAUCGCGGCUGUCGGAGAUCAAAAACUGGAAAGUGUUGCUGAUAGAAGCGGGUCCUGACGAACCGACAGGAGCCCAAAUUCCUUCGAUGUUUCUCAACUACAUAGGAAGUGAAAUUGACUGGAAAUACAACACGGAACCGGAACAGUACGCUUGUUUGGGAUCGCCCGAACAGCGUUGCUAUUGGCCUCGCGGAAAAGUGCUUGGUGGAACGUCGGUCAUGAACGGUAUGAUGUACAUUCGGGGUAAUCAGGUGGAUUACGAUGACUGGGACGCAAUGGGCAACCCCGGUUGGAAGUGGAAGGACGUUCUGCCGUACUUCCUCAAGUCCGAAGACAAUCAGCAAAUGAGCGACGUCGAUGGCAAAUAUCAUACGACCGGAGGAAUGCUUCCUGUUUCGAGGUUCCCUUACAAUCCACCAUUUUCGUUUGCAGUACUAAAAGCAGGUGAAGAAUUAGGUUACACCGUCCAGGAUUUGAACGGGGCAAAUACUACUGGAUUUAUGAUUGCACAAACCACAAGUAAAAACGGUAUUCGACACAGUGCAUCGCGAGCUUUCCUUCGUCCAGCUGUGGAUCGUCAAAAUCUACAUAUCUUGUUGAAUACUACGGUGACCAAAGUUUUGGUGCAUCCAACUUCCAAAACCGCACAUGGAGUUGAAAUUAUUGAUGAAGAUGGCCAUAUGAGAAAAAUUUUGGUGAAAAAGGAAGUGAUUAUAUCCGGAGGAGCGGUGAACUCGCCACAAAUUCUUUUACUCAGUGGCAUCGGCCCGAAAGCUCAUCUGGAAAAAGUAGGCGUACGCCCAAUCCACGAUCUGCCUGGCGUUGGUCGGAACCUACACAAUCAUGUUGCCUACUUUAUUAACUUUUUCAUCAACGACACCAACACAUCACCACUGAAUUGGGCAACAGCAAUGGAAUACUUACUAUUCCGCGAUGGCCUUAUGUCAGGCACUGGAGUAUCGGCAGUCACGGCUAAAAUCAGCACUAAGUACUCCGAGCGACCAAAUGAUCCCGACCUUCAGUUCUAUUUUGGCGGAUUUUUGGCCGAUUGCGCUAAGAGCGGUCAAGUUGGUGAGCUAAUCAGCAACGAUUCUCGUUCAAUUCAAGUGUUUCCCGCAGUGUUACAUCCGAAAAGUCGCGGCUACAUCGAGCUUAACUCAAAUGAUCCGCUAGAUCACCCCAAAAUCGUGGUUAAUUAUUUGCAGGAAGAUCACGAUGUGAAGACAUUGGUGGAAGGGAUAAAGUUUGCCAUUCGGUUGUCCGAAACUGAUGCCAUGCAGGCGUAUGGAAUGCAGCUCGACAAAUCGCCGGUCAGAGCCUGUGAAAUGCAUGAAUUUGGAUCUCAGGAAUACUGGGAGUGCGCCGUGAGGCAAAACACUGGAGCUGAGAAUCAUCAAGCGGGCUCGUGCAAAAUGGGCCCGCUGCGGGACCCAAUGGCGGUCGUUGAUCAUGAGCUGCGGGUGCAUGGCGUAAGGAAUCUCCGAGUUGUGGAUGCCUCGGUGAUGCCUAAAGUGACGUCAGGAAACACCAACGCUCCCGUCAUCAUGAUUGCCGAGAAAGGUGCACACUUAGUUCGCCGGGCAUGGGGAGCACGCUAGAGCCCGAGCUAGGAGCCGUUUAUUGUGAAUCCCUUACAAGCAUUUAGAGUGCAAAGCUAACGUCGUGUCAAUAGCGAUUAUACUGAUUAUAUGGAGCUUCCAUGUCUUCACUGACAUGUGUGAAUUUUCCAACGUCGGCCAAUGUUUCGACACAAUAUAAUUUUCAAAUAAUUUUUUUCGAUGUUCAACCUUUUGGCUACGCUAAAGGUCAUAGCAUAUUCGUUUUUAAAUUUAGAACAAAUUUAUCCACAUCAAAUGACAAGCUACCCAAAUUCAUAUCACCUGUUUACCUUAAGUUAUUUUUUCCAAUUUAUAAUGAAAACAUUUCUCCUUAAACGAGCGUUUCUAAAUUAAAAAGGCAACAGAAUAUUGUCUCCAGUGAGAAGGUGUUAUUCAGAAUGCCUUUCUUUCAAUUGUUUAUUAGUAUAAACGAACACAUCAAACCUUAUUUAGAGUAAUAUUGAGCAUCUGAUUAAUUAAAUGAGUGUAUCGAUUCGAUAAGCGUAAGUUGGUAUGUAAAUUAUACUUAAAUAUUUUUAAA